UCGUUGUUGAUAUAUCAGGACCAAUAUCUCUCGCCAGACCAGAUGCGUGGCAGAAUUACAGCAUACAGUUCAGUACCGCACCACAAUCCACAGACCAACUCGUUUGUUACCACAAAAGAAAGGCCUACAACGUAUCAAUCCCUCAUCGUCGUUUACCAGCCUCAAGAUGCCAGGAUCACUGCCGAGGAAUAUAGGCAGAGGUAUUAAAUCAGGGCACACCACACCCCGACCCCAAUCGAAUGGGCGUGGAAGAGUUCCCGCUGGUCCUUCAAAGAAUCAAGUGGUAGCUCCUGAAUUACCGGAGCCAGUAAAUCCUGCAGAUGUAACGUUUAAUUUCGGUCACACCGCUGCGCGGCCACGCUGGUUGGUCUUACCUAGUACAGCCCCUGAAUAUCCCGGAUCAACCAGGUUUGAAUGGCAUUUCGAUGCCAUAACACACGAGAGACAGCUGUAUCCCGCUGCACACAGGGCUCUUUGCGAAUGGUUGACUGAUCCGGCAUUCCGAAACCGCGUGCGACAAGAAAUGUCAGAUGUAUCCAGCCCAGGACCCUCGUCGGGUCCCAGAGCUCCUAUCCCGCCUCCCCCAUCUGCUGAUCCAGAUGUCGCAUUGGCUCUCCCAGGACAAACUCCACCACCACCACUCACCAAUGGCAUUGAGGGGUAUUUCGAGAAUUCUCCGCGGCCUUCACUGGGGAUGCGAGCUGCAUCUCGAAUUCCGCAAAGGUCGACACAGGCUAAUCAAAACCAAGCUAACGCUAUUCCAGCUAAUGAAGAUCCAGCUGAUGAUUUGCCGGAUUUUGAAGAUUACUAUGGUGACGAAAAUGAGGAAGACAACAAUCAGGCUGAUGAUUUGCCGGAUUAUGAAGACUGUUAUGAUGACGAAGAUGAGGAAUACAAUACUCAGGCUGAUGACAACGGUGAGUGCAAGUAGAUCUGAUCGAUAGUGGUCUUCCUGAUUUUGGAACAUGUUUCUAUGUCCCUAUCUUUACGUCUUCAGAAUCAUCUGUUGAUCUUAUUGGCCAU